AAAGCCUGACGUCAUAUUUUCUAUCUACGCUGAGGAGAGACACGAAGUAGAAGAAAAUGCAGAUCUUCGUCAAGACCCUCACUGGCAAGACCAUCACUCUUGAGGUUGAGCCAUCAGACACUAUUGAAAAUGUGAAGGCCAAGAUCCAGGACAAGGAGGGUAUUCCUCCAGAUCAGCAGAGAUUGAUCUUCGCAGGAAAGCAGCUUGAGGAUGGUCGCACCCUCUCUGACUACAACAUCCAGAAAGAAUCCACCCUGCAUCUUGUGCUGCGUCUGCGUGGUGGUAUGCAGAUCUUCGUCAAGACCCUCACUGGCAAGACCAUCACUCUUGAGGUUGAGCCAUCAGACACUAUUGAAAAUGUGAAGGCCAAGAUCCAGGACAAGGAGGGUAUUCCUCCAGAUCAGCAGAGAUUGAUCUUCGCAGGAAAGCAGCUGGAGGAUGGUCGCACCCUCUCUGACUACAACAUCCAGAAAGAAUCCACCCUGCAUCUUGUGCUGCGCCUGCGUGGUGGUAUGCAGAUCUUCGUCAAGACCCUCACUGGCAAGACCAUCACUCUUGAGGUUGAGCCAUCAGACACUAUUGAAAAUGUGAAGGCCAAGAUCCAGGACAAGGAGGGUAUUCCUCCAGAUCAGCAGAGAUUGAUCUUCGCAGGAAAGCAGCUUGAGGAUGGUCGCACCCUCUCUGACUACAACAUCCAGAAAGAAUCCACCCUGCAUCUUGUGCUGCGUCUGCGUGGUGGUAUGCAGAUCUUCGUCAAGACCCUCACUGGCAAGACCAUCACUCUUGAGGUUGAGCCAUCAGACACUAUUGAAAAUGUGAAGGCCAAGAUCCAGGACAAGGAGGGUAUUCCUCCAGAUCAGCAGAGAUUGAUCUUCGCGAGGAAGCAGCUUGAGGAUGGUCGCACCCUCUCUGACUACAACAUCCAGAAAGAAUCCACCCUGCAUCUUGUGCUGCGUCUCAUGCGUGGUGGUAUGCAGAUCUUCGUCAAGACCCUCACUGGCAAGACCAUCACUCUUGAGGUUGAGCCAUCAGACACUAUUGAAAAUGUGAAGGCCAAGAUCCAGGACAAGGAGGGUAUUCCUCCAGAUCAGCAGAGAUUGAUCUUCGCAGGAAAGCAGCUUGAGGAUGGUCGCACCCUCUCUGACUACAACAUCCAGAAAGAAUCCACCCUGCAUCUUGUGCUGCGCAUGCGUGGUGGUAUGCAGAUCUUCGCCAAGACCCUCACUGGCAAGACCAUCACUCUUGAGGUUGAGCCAUCAGACACUAUUGAAAAUGUGAAGGCCAAGAUCCAGGACAAGGAGGGUAUUCCUCCAGAUCAGCAGAGAUUGAUCUUCGCAGGAAAGCAGCUUGAGGAUGGUCGCACCCUCUCUGACUACAACAUCCAGAAAGAAUCCACCCUGCAUCUUGUGCUGCGUCUGCGUGGUGGUAUGCAGAUCUUCGUCAAGACCCUCACUGGCAAGACCAUCACUCUUGAGGUUGAGCCAUCAGACACUAUUGAAAAUGUGAAGGCCAAGAUCCAGGACAAGGAGGGUAUUCCUCCAGAUCAGCAGAGAUUGAUCUUCGCAGGAAAGCAGCUUGAGGAUGGUCGCACCCUCUCUGACUACAACAUCCAGAAAGAAUCCACCCUGCAUCUUGUGCUGCGUCUGCGUGGUGGUAUGCAGAUCUUCGUCAAGACCCUCACUGGCAAGACCAUCACUCUUGAGGUUGAGCCAUCAGACACUAUUGAAAAUGUGAAGGCCAAGAUCCAGGACAAGGAGGGUAUUCCUCCAGAUCAGCAGAGAUUGAUCUUCGCAGGAAAGCAGCUGGAGGAUGGUCGCACCCUCUCUGACUACAACAUCCAGAAAGAAUCCACCCUGCAUCUUGUGCUGCGUCUGCGUGGUGGUAUGCAGAUCUUCGUCAAGACCCUCACUGGCAAGACCAUCACUCUUGAGGUUGAGCCAUCAGACACUAUUGAAAAUGUGAAGGCCAAGAUCCAGGACAAGGAGGGUAUUCCUCCAGAUCAGCAGAGAUUGAUCUUCGCAGGAAAGCAGCUUGAGGAUGGUCGCACCCUCUCUGACUACAACAUCCAGAAAGAAUCCACCCUGCAUCUUGUGCUGCGUCUGCGUGGUGGAAAUUGAACUUUUAUGUAAUUGUUAUUUUGAUCAAGGCCAUGUCUUUUAAUGGAAGAAAUUUGUGCUUUAUCAAUAAUCAUGUUCAACAAUAUCAGAUACUUCUAGCUGCCAACUGUCCCAAUUUAUUUUACAUUUUCUUUCAUAAUUCACACGAAUAUGCUCUUCAACAAAAAAUCAAGACAAUAAUUUUCAUUCAGUAAAUGGUCACAAGUGGCCAACUGUUAUUGUUUGCCUCUGUUGCUGUUCAAUAUAAAAUUUGGGUACAUAUGCCAGUUGUACUUUUGAUUCAUAUAUUGUUUUGAUGUCCUGGCAUGAAUACAAAACUAAUUAUAUUUUGGGAAAGGUGACUGCUAUGGGUACUCUAACUUUUGUUUCAGGGCACAUGUAUAAAAUAAAUGUUGCUGAAGAUAA